AUGUAUGCCCAGAACUCGCUCCGCCAAGACUCCACGGGUCUCAACCCUUUUCAGUGCGUGUUGGGGUUCCAACCACCCCUGUUCCCUUGGUCGGAAGAGCCGUGCAACAUGCCCUCUGUGGAUUUCUGGUUCUGGGAGAGCAACCGGGUCUGGGAGUCGGUGCACACACAGCUGCGACGGGCCAUUCGUAACACCCGCCGACGCGAGAUGGCUGGAGUCCCCGUGUUUCCAUCCAGGGGACCUCGUGUGGCUGUCCAUGAAGGACCUAAAGCUGUGGCUGCCCUGUUGCAAGCUGAGCUCCCGGUUCAUCGGGCCCUUCAGGGUCACCGACCAGAUCAGCGAUGUGACCCCGUGGCACUCGCCCAGCCGGAGGAAGUGGAUCAGCCCGGUGCCUAUGCUGUGUGUGAGGUCCUGGAUUCCCGUCGGCGCGGGGGUCGCCUCGAGUACCUAAUAGACUGGGAGGGGUACGGACCGGAGGAACGAUCUUGGGUGGCCUGUCAGGACGUGCUGGACCCGGCGCUACUUCCGAGCGCUACUUCCGAGGCGCUCGCCGAAUUUCUCUACACGGACUACGUUUCGUUAUUUCGGGACUUUUGUGGCCCGCUCCCAGAGCGCACCACGGAUAUUCCCGCACAGGCUCCUCUUCACUGCUUUCGCCAGAUUUAUCACCCAGUCCUCCUCCCGGCAGCUUCUAGCUUCUUUUUUGUGUCAAAGAAGGACGGAGGAUUACGCCCCUGCAUCGACUACAGGGCCCUCAAUGCACUGAUCUCCCCGCUUCCGUAUCCGCUUCCACUGGUCCCGCCUCUAGAAGAUCUACGUGAGGCCCGCAUCUUCACCAAGCUGGACCUCCGUAGUGCAUACAACCUGGUGCGUAUCCGUAAAGGCGAUGAAUGGAAGACGGCGUUCAUUACCCCCUCUGGUCACUAUGAGUAUCGGGUCAUGCCGUAUGGCCUUUCCAUUGCUCCGGCGGUUUUUCAGAAUUUCAUGAAUGAGGUGUUCCGCCCCUUCCUCCAUCGGUUUGUGAUUGUCUACAUUGAUGACAUCCUGGUCUACUCGAGGUCGCUGCAAGAACACCAUCAGCACGUCACCCAGAUCCUGGCACUGCUUCGGAAACACCGACUGUAUCUUAACCUCCCUAAGUGUGAGUUCCACCGUUCAGAGAUACAGUUCCUGGGUUACGUCAUCGACGCAGCAGGCAUCAGGAUGGAUGAGAGGAAGGUGGCUGCCGUACGGGACUGGCCAGUUCCCGCCUCAAUAAAGGAGCUCCAGAGGUUUCUCGGAUUCGCAAACUUCUACCGCCGGUUCAUUGGAGGCUUCAGCCUGGUUUCCACUCCACUUACGUCUCUUCUGCGGGGAAAAGCCAAGACCCUCUCCUGGACCCCAGAGGCUCAACGGGCAUUUGAGGAGUUGCGCAAGAGGUUCUGUGCCGCCCCACUUUUACGUCAUCCAGACCCCCAGCUCCCGUUUGUCGUCGAGGUAGAUGCAUCGUCCACAGGCGUAGGGGCCACCCUCUCUCAGCAGGCGGGAACCCCCCCGCGGCUCCAUCCCUGCGCCUAUUUCUCCAAGAAACUGUCCCGGCCGAAGAACUAUGACAUCGGGAACAGAGAGCUCCUAGCCAUCAAGCUGGCCCUGGAGGAAUGGAGACACUGGUUGGAAGGAGCCGCUCAUCCUUUCACAGUAAUCACAGAUCACAAGAACCUCCAGUACCUCCGUGAAGCCAAGCGACUAAACCCACGACAAGCACGGUGGGCUCUCUUCUUCACGCGGUUUAACUUCAGCAUUACCUAUCGGCCAGGGACAAGGAACUGUAAGGCUGAUGCCCUCUCCAGGAUCUAUGGGCCCGAGGAACCCGCCGAGCCCGGACCCAUCCUGCCUCCGGCGCUCAUUCUGAGCCCCAUCGUCUGGGAUUUGGACGAGGCUAUUCGCACGGCCACACGACGAGAACCGGCACCCCCUGGUUGUCCUAGGAACCGAACCUUUGUUCCUCGAGAAUGUCAACAGGCCUUACUAAAGGCGGUUCAUGAAGUCCCGGCUCAGGGCACCGGGCAGAAGGCAGACUCUACGUCUGGUGCAGGGGCGGUACUGGUGGCCAGGAAUGAGCAACACGGCCUGCAGAUUUGCUCCCCUCCGAGGCCUCCCACGGCUUUGGAAACAGCAGAAGCGCUCUUCCACCAUGUCUUCCGCAACUUUGGCCUCCCGGAGGAGAUAGUAUCAGACCGGGGCUCUCAGUUCACCUCACAUGUCUGGAGGGCGUUUUUCCAGCUGCUGGGAGUGACCGUCAAUCUGUCGUCCGGCUACCACCCCCAGUCCAACGGCCAAACCGAGCGGAAGAUCCAAGAGCUGGGAGAUCACUGGUUUCGGGAGAGUCUCAGGACCUGGGAGGCCGCACACACUCAAUUGCGCAGGGCGAUAAGGGAAACCCGGCGACAUGCGGAUGCACGGCGGUUGGAGGCCCCCUCGAAGCUGAGUCCCAGGUAUAUCGGACCCUUCAGGAUCGAGGCGGAUCAACGAGGCGGCCUAUCGGCUGGAACUCCCACCACGAUACCGAAUUCACCCCACUUUCCACGUGUCGCUUCUAAAACCGUAUACCCCAUCUCCGGCCCAACGUACCGGCGAGGUCAGGCCCCCUCCGCCGGAGGUGUUGGAACAGCCUUCGGUCUACUCGGUACGGGAAGUGCUGGACUCUCGGCGUCGGGGCAGGGGCCUGGAAUAUCUUGUGGACUGGGAGGGCUACGGCCCCGAGGAACGAUCAUGGGUGGCGCGGCGGGACAUAUUGGAUCCAGCGCUCUUGGAGGAAUUCCACGCCACUCGUCCACUUCGUCCUGCGCCCCGGGGUCGGGGUCGUCCCAGGCGCAGGGUCAGGGCGUCGGGAGCCGCCCCUGGAGGGGGGGGUACUGUCAGGGAUCCAGCAGCCACACCCACACUAUAAAGACCCUGUUUUUCCACAUUCCCACCGUCCGUUCUACAGCUUAGGCUUAUGAACCUACCGGACUGCCCAAAAACUACUCAGUUAUAGUUGUGUUCCAGCUUACUUGCUUCAGUGUGUUUCGUCUGUGUUUUCUGCCUUGCCCAUUUUGCUUUUUUCAUUAAAGAAAAGCCCUUUUUGGAAUUCUAUCGGUCUCAGAACAUUC